AUGGCAUUGGUAGAAGAGACAGGAGUGCGGUUGGUGGAAGCGGGGAUCGAAGUCAUGGUGUUCCGUCUCGCUCUUGCGCACCAGUUCAUUCACCCGCGCUCACGGCGAGUACGGAAGAGCAGCUUGUUGCGCGGGCGCAGGUACCGAGGCGGGCGGACGCUGUACACGGGUAGCCGCGCAGGAAGGACGUCUCCGACCAUGAACCGAGCUAUAUUUUAUCAGUUAUCCGGAGGUGUCGGCGCGCCACAACGUGUGCCAGUACGCUCCAUCAUGACCCUCUAA